AUGUGAUAAUAAAGAACUAAUUAUGUUUGACUAUGUAUCUCAAUCGGACGAUGACGGGUUCGCUUCGCGAUUGGAUCAAACAUUACUCCCCUGAGCAUGUGUAUUUAUCAAUGGCAGGUAAUGGUCAAAUUACAAGUACACACACUCAAAUCCUUCAUGUUUUUAAAAUGGUUGAUGUUCUGUAACGCAACCAUGAGAUGAUAGCAAGUUUAACUUUAACCCCAGCUUGCCUACCUUGAGAGAAGGAAAAACAAAGGUUUUUAAGGGGACCAACCCAAUGAGAUCUUAGGCUUAAAAUCUUUAAAUGCUUAAGCUUUUGGAACCUAGUGGAAAUGUCACUGGCAUUGGCUUUUAAGAUUGAGCAGAGAGAAAAGAUUACACAGCAACAACAAUCCUUGGCGUUAUCAAGGAUUCUUAUCUCAAUCUACACAGAAGGGUCAUUCAGGUUAUAAAAAAGGAUGUGAGAAGCCCCAUGCCAUCUCCUUUAGCCCAUUUUUAAAAACCCCUUCUUUUUCUUUUCUUUUUUUUUUUUUUUUUUGAUAAAACCCUCCUUUGUAACUAGUUGUAUAAACCACUGAAACCAUCUCAUUAAACUAAAGACAAGUAGCUUAUAAGCUGUUCUUUUCUAUGGUUCCCCCAUUCACCAAUUACAUAGGCAUAUGGAUAGAAUCAGCUAAUAAGCAAAGACACGUUAUAAGACCCUACCAUGGCAUCUCAUUCCAAAUAUUUUAAGAACCCAAUAACCAAAAAUGGUAUUUUACAAUAACAUUGUCUAAUAAAGAAAGAUUUAAGGGGGACUACUAGGUAUCAAUCACCAAAACAUUCAAUUAGAGAUGCUAAGCAUAUAAUAGAACAGAUGGGGUUUACCCAUUGGUCUUAUACUAGUAGUUAUCACUUAUCAAGGAAAACAUUAAACAUCAACUGCUUCCCACUAGGGUUUUUUGGCCUAUAUUCUCUCUUUUGUCUUACCUUUAAAGCUAUGUGACCUCAAAAGGGUAAUUAGUUUCAUAGUACAGUGAUGACAUAAGCCCUACCCACACGUGGCUGUGGCCACAUACUUUCUCUUUUCCUUUUACAUAAUUCCUUUCGAUGUUAUUUCCUUUUCACAUAUUUAUCUUUUUAAGGAAUGUCAACCAAAGUGUUGGCAUUUCUAGGUUAUCCCAAAUAUCCCCCAUAUCUUAGUACGAGUAAUAGACAAGAAAUAAUAGAUAUGAAAUAAACAGUAAUAAUUUGGAUUUUGGGUUACCAGGGUGAAAGGCCUACCCAAUGUACAAGGCUCCCAUCACUGUGGGGUCUGGGAAGGGUCAUCAUGUAUGCAACUUUACCCUCACUUCACGAAAAGGCUGUUUCCUGACUCAAACCCACGGUCACUAAGACGCAAUGAAGCAACCUUAUCAUUUGGUUACCAGGGUAUGACCCAUUUAUUAUAUGGCCUGGAUCAAUUGAUAAUAUAGGUAAGCCUCUGAACCAAUACAGAACAUGCCCACUAGUUAUGAAAUGAUCAAACUUCUGAACCUUUUUAUGCUAUUUGGAUUGGUUUGUCUACUGCAACUUAACCUUACUGCACAGUAGGUCACCAUCAGGAAGUGCUGAUCCAUGCAACAUAUGACAUGGAGUAACACCUGAACAUUCCUCAGAAGAAAAUUUGCAUAUAGGGGUAUUUUGGUAUCUUCAUGUGUUUGGUGGAGUGGUCUUUAUUGAAGAUCACCUCCCAACAAAUAGAGGAGAUCGACAUGGAUUUUGUUUUUAUUUUUAUUUACUUAUUUAUGUAAUUUUUUUGGGGUUAGAGAUUGCUUGAGAUUUAUUUGAUAGGGACAGUUAAUUAAGACAGGAUGAGGCAGAUUAUGGAGAUAUAAAUAUGCAGGAGAAUCACAAACUAAUGUCUUACAACUAGGAAGCCAAGCUUAUUACUGAUAAAGGCAAGGAAACUUGGUUUAUAGUUUGGGAAGUGAUGGCAGGAUACUUGGGCUGGGGAAUGAUAGAAGAAGGCUGGAGGAAGGGGCCUUGGACUGCAGAAGAGGAUAAAUUGCUCAUUGAAUAUGUCGGGUUGCAUGGAGAUGGAAGAUGGAACUCUGUGGCAAGAUUUGCAGGGCUGAGAAGGAAUGGCAAGAGUUGCAGGCUGAGGUGGGUGAAUUAUUUGAGGCCAGACCUCAAGAGAGGGCAGAUAACCCCACAUGAAGAGAACAUCAUUCUAGAGCUUCAUGCCCGGUGGGGAAACAGGUGGUCAACAAUUGCCCAGAGCUUGCCCGGGAGAACAGACAAUGAGAUCAAGAACUAUUGGAGGACUCAUUUCAAGAAAAAGGGAAAAGCUGCAUCAGAACAUGCUGAGAAGUCAAAAACUCGAAUCCUUAGACAACAACAGCUUCAGCUGCAAAAGCAGCAGCUACAACAACAGCAACAAAACCAAAUUGACAUGAAAAAUAUCAUGUCUCUACUUGAUGAGAGUGAGCAUAGAGCUCAAGUGAGGCAGGAGAUGGUCUCCAUGUAUUCCAACUCUUCGGAGGAGCAAUGCCUACUCUCUUCUAUGUUGAACAGUGAAGAGACCUUGAAUGAUGACAUUCUGUGGGGAGGACUGUGGAACUUAGAUGAUAACCAUGCCAACAUGGAUGCCACAUGUGCAACCAGUAAACCAAGCUUGCCAAGUCUUCUCACCCCCUUCUAUUGAACAAGCUUUCAGUUAGUUGGCAAGUCUACCCUAUUGAAGUCAACAAAUCUCAAUCUGCCAUUUGUUCUAUAAACUGAUUGGCAUAUCCCACCUGUAGCCAUAAUUGGCUUGUUCAUAUAUAUAAGUGUUCUUUUGGUCAAAAGGUUAAGGCUUCUUUGAAUGAAUUUAAGUUUGGGUUUUGACCUAUUCAAGCAAUGAGAGUUCCAAAGUUCU